AUGACUGUACCAGCUGAUCCUGUUAUGGGCAUUCCUGCACARARGUUACCAAMGCGUAAAGAUCAAUAUACUCCUGAGGACAAGGAAAGAUCACAUGCUGACGUGCUAUGCAAAUCAUACAUGAUGCAAGCACUAACCAAUGACAUAUACACAAGCAUAGACAGCUACAAGUCAUCUGGCCACAACAUGUGGAUACAAAUAGAGAAAAUGAUGAUGGGAUCUAAGGUUGGAACUCAACUGAAGAUCACGAACUGUAUUUCUGCGUACGAAGAGUUCAAGGCUAGGGAAGGAGAAAGCCUUGAUGAUGUCUAUAACCAGUGGAAAACAUUUGCCAACAAUAUCAAAUUCAACAAACAGCAAUCUGAUAUUGAUGUACAUGAAAUUUACGAAACUCUGAAGCAGAAUGAACAAGAUGUUUUAGAAAUCCGUAAAUCUAAGAAGAAGGAAAAGGAAGUAUCUGAUCCUUUAGCUCUUGUAACAGAGAAGAAGGAGAAGAAGUAUAGAGGCAGAUCUGGGAAGAAGGUUGUUGAAGUUAGUUCGUCAAGAGAGUAUGAGCAAGAAAACAGUAACAGCUCAGAAUCUGACUCUGAAAUCAAGCAAGCUAUGACCUUGCUGACCAAAGCUUUCAAGAAGUACAGGUUUGCCAAACGGCCACACUCGAAUAAUCAACGAUUCUCAUCCGGAUCAAAGUACGAUUACAAGGACAAGUUCGGAGAGAAGAAGAAAUACGAAGAGAAACGAUUCGAGAAGAAGUACGAGCGAAAGCCAGAAGAAGGAAAGAAAUAUGGCAAAGCAGUAGCUGAUGAACAUACAAAAUGCUUUAACUGUGGCAAAUUAGGCCAUUUUGCCAUUGAUUGUAAGAAGCCGGUAAACCGAGAUUCCGACUAUUACAAGAAUAAAUUCCUUCUCACUAAGGAAAGAGAAGCUGGCAAAGCUUUGAUGGCCGAGGAUGAACAUUGGCUAAACCUUACUGAUGAGGAAGAAGAGGCUGAGGCUGUUGCACACAUGUGCUUGAUGGCUAACACAGAAAGUGCUUUGACUGGAGAAGAUGCACAGAUGAAUGAAGAGUCAUGGCGUCCUGCAGGUGAAUUCGGUCCACAGGGGUUAAGCCCAAUAGUGGCUUAUGUGAACCCACCAUGUGGACUAGGCCGAUUUUAUUGGCUCCAGGGUGGAUGA